CGCCAUCCCCGCCAGCAGCAUCCCGACUGCGCUCCUCAGGAGGAAGGCUUUGUGGGAGGCGGCGAGGUCUCCCCUCCUUUCCUCCCAGCCUCCCUCUCCUUCCCCUUCACCCUCCAAGGAAAGGCGGGAGCCGCGUUGGGCGUGGGCUGCGGGGGUUUCUUCUGCUUCUCUUCUUCCUCGAGGAGGUCUCUUCCUCCCAAGUCCCUCCCCAGGCUCUUGCCUCUCUCUCUCUCUCUCUCGGAGGGAAAGCAGCAGCAGCAGCAGCAGAAGCGACCUCUGGGAAUCUUGUGGAGGGACUGAGGCUGGUGCUCUUCCAAGAGGAGAGGAGAAGGGGAAAGCCGGCUUCGCUGAGCCAAGCCCGAGGGGGACACCCAGCUCUGCCCAGGGAAAGGAGCCCCAUGGCGGAGAAGUUCAGCAUAUAUUUUCUGUGAAGUGUGCUGAAGAUAGAUAUACACGCUGCAAUGGUGACAUAAACUGCUAAACUGGACUGGGAUAAAUUUUGAAACUUCUCUCUUCAAUUUAAAUGCUGCUGCUCUUGGAAACCAUCUAAGGAAUGACUUACAACAUGACUUUUGUAGUGAAACUACAUAGACAUUUUCAGCGGACAGUUAUACUGCUGGCCACUUUUUGUAUGGUGAGCAUAGUUAUUUCUGCAUACUAUUUAUACAAUGGCUACAAACAGGAAAACGAACUUUCUGAGAUCAAUUCAGAGAUGGAAUGUGGAGAUCUUCCCAUCCUACAGCCCUACAAGAUAACACCUUGGAAGACAGUGAAACCCACCAAUCCCCUAAGGACUGAUCCUGUGGUGCUGGUGUUUGUGGAAAGCCAGUAUUCUGCACUUGGUCAAGACAUAAUAAUGAUUUUGGAAUCUAGCAGAUUCCAAUAUCAUAUAGAGAUUGCUUCUGGGAAAGGUGACCUUCCCGUACUUAUAGAUAAAAACAAAGGCAAGUAUGUUCUCAUAAUAUAUGAAAAUAUUUUUAAGUAUGUGAAUAUGGAUUCCUGGAAUCAAGGCCUUCUACAUAAGUACUGUGGAGAAUAUGGUGUAGGGAUGAUUGGGUUCCAUAAGAACAGUGAGAAUACUUUGCAGACUUUUCAGUUAAAAGGUUUUCCUUUCCAUGUCCAUAGUAAUGUGGCUGUUAAGGACUGUUGCAUCAAUCCUCAUUCCUCUCUGCUCCAUAUCACUAAAUCAUCUAAAUUUGAUAAAGGCCCUUUGCCUGGAAAUGACUGGACAGUUUUCCACAUAAAUCAUUCAGCCUAUGAACCUAUUAUAUUUGCAAAAGUAAAAGCACCUGAAAACCUCUCUCCACCUUUAAUUAAAAAUGCUCGCCAUGCAACUGUCAUUCAUGACUUGGGUCUUCAUGAUGGGAUUCAACGUGUUCUGUUUGGGAACAACUUGAACUUUUGGCUGCACAAGCUCAUAUUUAUUGAUGCCGUUUCAUUCUUGACUGGAAAAAGGCUUAUGUUGUCUUUGGAUAGAUACAUUCUCGUUGACAUAGAUGACAUCUUUGUUGGAAAGGAAGGAACAAGGAUGAAAGCCAACGAUGUUCAGGCUCUACUUGAUACUCAGAAACUUCUAAGAUCUCAUAUCUCAAAUUUCACUUUCAACUUGGGAUUUUCAGGGAAAUUUUACCACACAGGAACUGUAGAGGAAGAUGAAGGUGAUGACUUGUUGCUGGGGUCUGUGGAUGAAUUCUGGUGGUUUCCUCACAUGUGGAGCCACAUGCAGCCUCAUCUUUUCCAUAAUGAAUCAUCAUUGGUGGAACAAAUGAUUCUCAACAAAAAAUUUGCCCUAGAACAUGGAAUUCCAACGGAUAUGGGAUAUGCUGUGGCUCCACACCAUUCUGGUGUCUAUCCUGUUCAUGUUCAACUUUAUGAUGCCUGGAAAAAAGUCUGGAAUAUUAAAAUCACAAGUACAGAAGAGUACCCACACCUGAAACCUGCACGAUACAGAAAAGGCUUCAUCCACAAAAACAUUAUGGUUCUUCCUCGGCAAACCUGUGGUCUUUUUACGCAUACAAUUUUUUACAAAGAGUAUCCAGGUGGUCCAAAAGAAUUAAAUAAAAGUAUACAGGGAGGAGAAUUGUUCUUCACAGUUGUUCUCAAUCCAAUCAGUAUCUUUAUGACACACCUGUCUAACUAUGGGAAUGAUCGACUGGGUUUGUACACCUUUGUCAAUCUGGCCAAUUUUGUUCAGAGUUGGACUAACUUGAAGCUGCAGACCCUUCCUCCAGUUCAGCUAGCUCUCAAGUACUUUGAGCUCUUCCCUGAGCAGAAGGACCCUCUUUGGCAGAACCCUUGUGAUGACAAGAGGCACAGAGAUAUAUGGUCUAAAGAAAAAACUUGUGAUCGUUUACCAAAAUUCCUGGUGAUUGGACCUCAGAAAACUGGCACAACAGCUUUGUAUUUGUUCCUGAUUAUGCAUCCUUCCAUCAUUAGUAACUCCCCCAGCCCCAAAACCUUUGAGGAGGUACAGUUCUUUAAUAGAAAUAACUACCACAGGGGGAUUGAUUGGUACAUGGAAUUUUUUCCUACACCAUCUAAUGUCACAACGGACUUUCUCUUUGAGAAGAGUGCCAACUAUUUCCAUUCUGAAGAAGCCCCUAAAAGAGCAGCUUCUUUGAUUCCAAAAGCAAAGGUCAUCACCAUUCUCAUUGACCCAUCAGAUCGAGCAUACUCCUGGUACCAGCAUCAGCGAUCACACAAAGAUGCUACUGCUCUAAAGUUUACCUUCUAUCAGGUUAUCACUGCUGGGCACCAUGCUUCACCUGACCUUAAGGCUCUACAAAAGAAAUGCCUGAUACCUGGGUGGUAUGCCACCCACAUAGAAAGAUGGCUCACUUACUUUCCUCCUUACCAGUUACUAAUUAUUGAUGGACAGCAGCUAAGAAAUGACCCAGCAAUUGUAAUGGAUGAAGUGCAAAAGUUUCUUGGAGUUACUCCACAUUAUAAUUACUCAGAAGCCCUAACACUAUGUGGCAAAACUGACUUUAUCUUCCAUGAGAUAAAGUCAAGUGCUUUGUAAAGACAUAAUGGAUCAAAUUUACCCCUAGAGUAAUUCUAUUGAGCUUUCAGCUGCUUUUACACCAUAGCCCUUGACCUGGAUGCUGUGAAUUAUUCCUAUCUGCAUCUAAUUCCAGGUCUAUGCUUCUUUUUCUCUAUCUACUUUGAAUUGUGAAGAAAGAUUUGUUAAAAGAUGUGCAUUUUAAGUAACUUGUUCUUUCAAAUGCCUUGGUAUAAAUCCAGUAAAAUUGCACUGGGAAUUAUUUUAGCUUUGGAUGCCCUAUUUGUUGGUUUGUACUGUUGGUUUGUACUAUUUGUACUUCAGUUACAAAAGCUGAUAAAGAUCUAGCUUUGCUUUAAGCAGAGAUGGAAAACCUGUGACCCUCUAGAUGAUAUUAAACUCCCAUCAGCCUCAGAUAGUAUUUCCAGUGAUCAGGGAUAAAGGGAAUUGUAGCUCUGCAGCAUCUGGAGGGUCCUCCACACCCUACUUAAAUGGUGGGAGCCAAAUGGUUGAGACAAAUGGACCACAAACGAAGUCCAAAUUGUGAGAUGUGACACUCCAGUAUGCACUAUUCUCAGGACCAGCUUGCCACUCAGCUAUUAAAUAGAGACUAAUAAGAAGCGCAGCAUGGAACUACAAAGUAGUAGUACAGGACUGACUGUGAUAUAGCCAGGAAAAACAUCUCCUGCUGCUUUUUAGAAGUGCCAGAAAUGCCCACUGAUAUAUCAAUAUCUUAAAUCAAAUCUGUCUAUUAAUUUCAAUUGACUUUUCAUAAAUCACUGUUGGAAAGAUGAGUCAAUUCCGAAUUCUUUUAGACAGAGUUCUUUUAGGCAGUUUUUUGACAGAUCUUUUAAUAAAAAUUCCUUUUAAUUCUUAAAAUUAAAACAAAAACAGGCUCAAAGAACCUUAUGCUGCAGCUUUUCCCUGCCUUAUGAUAAGACAAAUAUCUAUCAUCCCACACAGAAACUGAACCAGGAUACAAACAGUUGUGUUGGCUAUCAGAAGGACCAUAUUCUCCACUCUCACAGACACAUUUGGUGGGGUUAUGAGAGAGGUUCUUCUUGAUGGCUGCUCCCAAACUGUGGAACCCCCUGCCAAAGAGGCUAGGUUAGUCCCCUUCCUGCUAUCCUUCCACUGGCAAGCAAAUACCUUUUUAUUUCGGUAGACUUGUGGAAACUGACUGGCUUUUGAGAAAGGGGUUUUCAAUAGAUUGAUGAUCUAUACCUGCCUUUUUAAAAGGUGUUUUAAAAAUUGUUUUUAUAUAACAUUGUGUUUUUACCCCAAUUUUAAAACAUUAUAAAAGCAUUAUAACAUUUUGUUUAGUCUGUAUUUCUACCUGCUUUUAUGUGGUAUGAACCCCUUUGAGUCCCAGUCUUAGAAGAAAGCUGUGCCAAACAAAUAAUAAGUAAAUUAAUGAGACAGAAGUUACCACAAGGUACAGAACUUGGUGUCUCUUCUGUUGUAUCAACGCCUGUGAAAGAAUUACCCUGCAAUGGCUCCCACAUCAAUGUAAUAUAAAAAAAGGAAUCAGUCUUCUGUAGAAGGCAAAAACAAUGCAAUUGUAUAAAUUAUAUUCAUGUUACUUCCAACAAAUACCAGAUGCUGAGAGCUAUAUUUCAGAGGAAGGAACUGGCAAAACUACCUCUAAAUAUUCCUUUCAUAAGAAAACCCUAUUAAAUACAUGGAAUAGCUACAAGUUAACAGGCAACUUGAAGGUAUAUGCGCACACACAUAAAGAUGGUUCACACAUUUGUGUUUUCUU